UCCGGAAGAGUAGAGACCCAUAGAGACGAAUAAGUUUGACUUUAAAACCAAUAUAAUUAUCUUAAUAAAUGUAUUAGUUUCUGUGUUGAUUCUGCUGAAUCUUGUAUUCCUGAGUGGGCGGAGUUUGUUGAAUCAUUGAGAAUGACUCACUCGCCCAGUCUCCGCCCCCCUUACAGUAGAUACUAAAACUUUGAUCAGCAGUUCAGCAGUCCGGAAGAGUAUACAAUAUCUGAUCAUGGAUACAGAUCAAAGCAACAAUCAUGUUCCAGUCCCUGAAGACAGUUUGGAGUUUAGGCUCCUGAUGGCGUACACACGCAAGAGGCGACCCACAGACUCACGUCUGCAGAAGGAUGAGACAAAGCAAAAGACAGCAACCACAGAAGACUCUGAUAUACGCAGUAAAAAGAAAAAGAAAAGUUUCAGUAAAAGGGUUUCUUCGUUGUUCAUGUGCGUUAAACCCAAAACAAAAGAAGACUUUGAUUCCGUUCCUAAGAAACAGCCAGCAAUGUUAAGAGAUGUCUCCGUUGUCUCAGAUGGUGAGAAAGUGGAGGGCAUGGCCAGUGAAUUAACAGAGAUAUCAAACUCUGUGCACUUUGAACCAAGUGACAUAGAAUCUGAUGGUGGAGACGACCCUCUCAUCCAGAAAAUUGUGGAGCUCCUAAAAGUACACGGGGAUGAGCUGAAUGAAAAGAUCAUGGCAGACAAGGCCUUGAGUGAAUCUCUGGCGUCCUCGCUGUCGUACAGCUUCUUUAGUACAGUGAUGGAUUCAUUCUGCACAAGUGUUUCCCGAGAGCUGCCCCCACAAGAAGAAGUGGAGAAAACCGAAGUAGCUCUGAUAUGUGAAGCCACCAGUAAGCUCUUCGGUGUAGACCACCAUCCAAUGAGACGAGUGCUUGGCUUUGGUGCCAAGUAUUUACAGGAAAAAUUCCCCAACUGGAUUAGCAUUAACAUAGGAAAUGAAGUAGAAGAUGAGGAGGAAGCAGAGGUUGAAUGAGGGGAGAAGAUGUUUUCUUCUGACAUUGCUUGUGUUUCUCAGGGGCACGGUCACUUUAUUUGUGUGGAAUAAUACGUUUUAUUCAGUAUGUCAUCAUGAAUAAUCAUGUAGGUUUUUCCACUUGAACAUCUUAUACGAGCUGAUAAAGGCAAUAGUAACAGGAAGACCAACACCAAUACUGCAUGCCUCAAAAAAGAAACUUUACUGUACGAUAUGAAGGCUUUUUUCAAUUCUUGUACUUUAUGUUAUUUUAUACAAUACUUAAUUUUGUUAAAAUUUUCUAAAUUAAUUGUUUGAUAUUUAUUUUCACGAAUUUCUUUUAUAUGGAUUUUGUAAUACUUAAAAUAAUCAAUUGUUUGUGUGACUUUUUCAAUUAAUAAAACUAAAUAAAAUCUGUCA